AUGACAGCUCGGCCAGGAGAAUUCGACCACAAUGAUGCUCGCCGUUUCAAGCACACACGCAUCGGUAUAUGGGAUCUCUAUGAGGGACGCAAAUCAGAUUUGCCACGCGUACCAGCUUCAUCAAUAUCGAAGACAUAUGCGCAGAUAAUCGAAAGCGCGCCGUAUUUAGUUCGCAUGUUGAAGGAUGUACUCAGCAUCAGAGGAUGCUCCGUGCUUUUUCCCGCAUACCUGGUAGUGGAAGUUUUAACUUCCCUCAUACCCGCUGUUUCCCUGUGGUACUCUGGACAAUUGCUUCGCCUUGUCGAGAGCGCAAUGGAGACACGUACUGUGGACACAACGGUGCUCGUCCAUUUUGCAGUAGGAAAUCUUAUAUGCACGGCCGCUACGCGCUUUCUCAGAUAUUCCCGAACCUGCAUAACCCCCCCUCUAAUAUUGUACAUCAAACAAUUUUACAACGAUCGCGCAUUUCACUCGGCCGUCCACCUCGACUUGCCCGCAUUUUCAGCUCUUGAUGGCUCGAGCAUGCGGCAGGGGCUCUUGUUGGGUCACGUGUCCGACGCUUGGGAUACCAUCCAUGUGUCAAUGGAUAUCGCAAUGAUGAUCAUUCGUCUGCUCUCUCAGCUGUUGGUUCUGAUUACAGUGAUGUGGGAACAACAGGAUGGUCCACUUCUUGUGAUUCUCAGCUUUUUGCAAUAUAUAUUGCCCUGGGAUAGCGCGGGAAAAGGGGUGGUCAGAUCCAUGGAUGUAGUUUGGGCCGCGACAACGACCAAUGAGGAUUUUGUUCGCAUGAAGGGCCUGGGGAGGCUUGUUUUUGGGAAGAACCACCGCCAGGAGCUUGUCGCAGGCAACCUCAGCGAAUACAUCAGUGCACAAUUUUGCGAAUCCGCUGAGCGCGUCGGCAAUGAUGCGGCUGAUUUCCUAGAGUUGAAAAGAUUUCGUUCUUUCAAGGACUGUCUGAGCAUCGCGUUCAUCCUCCAAGAAGUAAUGUAUUUGCUACCUCAGAUCGCCGUCACCUUGCGCGUCGUGAAAAAUCCAAUGACCACUCCCCUCUCCCUGGCAUCACUCGUACUGAUCAAGCAAGCCUUUAAUCCUUUCAGUGACGCCAUAUUCUCAUUAUUCGACGCAUCCUACCUUAAGGCCGUACUAUCCAGAAUACGCGUGUUAUAUGAGCUAGAGAACAUACGGAAUGGGAUGGUGGACGGCACGGAACCGUUCCCCGAGAACCAACAGUCUCUCAGGAGCGGUAUUUCUAUUGAGUUCAAGAAUGUUUCGUUCCGGUACCCUGGUAUGGACAGGUGUGCUCUGCGGGAUGUAUCGUUCAGGAUUGAGGCUGGUCAGCUUUGCGUCGUUGUUGGGGUGAAUGGCUCUGGAAAGAGUACGAUCUUGAAACUGAUAUCCCGCAUCUACGACCCAACAGAGGGCACCAUCCUCAUCGACGACCGCGAUAUCAAGACCUUUAGACUUGCUGACCUCCGUGCUGCUAUGUCCAUCCUUUUCCAAGACUACACCCAAUUCCCCCUCUCCAUGCGCGAAAACAUCGGGCUUGGCAACCCCGCCCUUGCACAUGAUGGCAACAAAGUUCGCGAAGCCGCUCGUCUCGGCGGCGCAGAAGACUUCAUCGACGAGCUCCCUGAAGGAUUCGAUACUUAUUCCCAGCGCUUCACAAUGGAUUAUUAUGGAGACCUCCCUGAAGGCACCACGACGCUCUUCGGGCAGCCCGUCGACUUCUCAGACUGCUGUCGCAUCGACGAUGCACAUCAAUCCGGAUAUCUAGAAUUCCGGCUCAGUCGCGGGCAGGAGCAGCGGCUUGCAAUCUCCCGCACAUUCAUGCGUUCAUUGGUCUCCGAAACAGAGCCUUCCGCUGGCAUGCUGUUGUUCGACGAGCCGAGUGCCUCCCUGGAUCCUACGGCUGAAUACGAUCUCUUCGAGCGUCUACGGAAGUUGAGGGGCAACAAGACCAUGAUAUUCUCCACUCACCGGUUUGGGAAUCUCACCCAACAUGCGGAUCUCAUUUUGUGCAUCGACGAAACUGUCCAGGAAGAAGGGACGCACGAUGAACUAAUGAAGAAAGGGGGGGAGUAUUCUCGUAUUUGGGGUCUACAAGCGAAACCUUUCAUUUAA